AUGCAAGUCUUAAUCCAUCGUAGUAGCCAGACGUACGUUCCACUCGGCCAGCGCCGAGGCACAUCCGACCUGGCGCGCUUCGCUCUCGACCUGACUUGGGCCAGAGCAGAGACGGAGAGUGCGGCCGGCACAACGGCCUAUCCCUCUCCGCCCAUGUCAGGGUCUCCACCGCUCCCACCCAAGCAAAAUCAAGAGGCCGGUGAUCGAGGGCAAGGGAGCUUCCAAGCAUCUAGCCACGAUGCAUACCGCGCUGGCUCGAUUUUGCAGGGAGGUGAUCUUCGAGCACAACCGGGAGCGCCGCCUCUCCCAGCACCACUACCACCCCGAUCUGCUGGUAGAGGUGUGCGACCGUUCCAGCUAGAAGCUGCAGAACAAACGGGAUACCCGUAUCGCCGUCCUGAAGAGGCUAUGGGCCGGCCGAUGUCAUACGCACUUGGCCAGAUGAGUUCUCAACCGCAUUACCCCCUCCCUCCAGUCGAAGGGCCUGUUCCCGGCGCCUCCCCGUACUCGUUGCCCGCCCGGCCGCAGACCUCGGAGAGUUCUCCCUACACCUCUCCCAAGUCGCAGAGGAAGACCAAAGGUCAUGUUGCAUCGGCCUGCGUGCCCUGCAAGAAAGCGCACUUGAGAUGUGAUGCCCAAAGACCAUGCUCAAGGUGCUUGAGCAAUGGCAAAGAAGAUGCAUGCGUCGACGUGCAGCACAAGAAACGCGGCCGUCCCCGAUUACGCGACGACAGAGAGACGAGAUUCGAGAACCAUCCUCGAUUUCAACACCCAGACCCCACGAGACGACCGGUUUCUUUAUAUGCCCCCGUUAGCGCCCCUGCAAUCCCGUUCGACGAUCCAUUGCGCAGGACACAAUCGUAUCGAAUACUCAAAUCGCAGCCGCCCGACCCUAUUGCUCCAAGAUAUCUGGAGCGUGGGUCUGCUGGCGAGGCCAACAUUUACCCACCGCCAUUGUCUAUACCUACAAGAGCUCUGGAGCCCGUGGCUUUCCUGACGGUAGACCUGGAGGUUACGAGAGUUUCAAACACUUUUGUUGAGGCCAUUGGCGCUGGUACGGCGCAGACGAUAGAGCGACGUAAACUGGUCGAGCUGAUCAGUCCCAACGACCGGGAAAGAGUGAUGGGGCUGCAGCGGUCGCUCCAAGAUGAACAGGCUAGGAAAGAACCGAAUUAUCUACCACCCAUCUUUGGGAGAGAGGAGGCCAACAGGGUGAUUCAAGCUCUGCCGUUUGAUCCGGAGUCGAUCUCCAGGUUUCCCCUCGACCGGCAAGAAUUCUUGACAUUCAUCUCGUUCGAGGGGCAGUUCAGGCCAUAUUCCAUCCGUACUGGUCUUGCAAAGGAGGAUUCGAUCUACUUUGUGGUCAUGGUCCUGCAACCAAGGCCAUUCCCACACCCCACGCCUUCGCCCCACGCGAGGGAAGUGCCCUACUCAUACCAACCUCAACCCUACACGCAACUAACUCCAGUCUCGGCAUCCUUUGAUCCAAGUCGGCAACGAUUUGGGGAUCCUCGAGAUCAUAGGGAAGGGGCCUUCACACCGCGCCAACCGCCCACUCCGGCGCAGCUGAUGGCAGGAUUGAGUCCCGGUGUAAGCCCUAGCAUGCCGGGCUCCUCGCCCACGUCGACGACCCGAGCCGAACACCCAUCGGGGCCGUCAUACCACAUUCCGAGAAGCGAGUUGCCGGGACAAAGACCCCCUCAGCAGCCAUUUCAACUUCCGCCGAUUCGCAGUCAAGGGCAGCCCGAUCUUCGAGCAGGUCGUGUCGACAUUGGCGGUCUGAUCGAUAAGCCUGACACACGGCGAGGACCAUGA